AAUAAAAUAAUAUAGCGGGUUUUUUAUUGUCAAUAUUAGCGUUAUUUAAAUGCUUAGUCAAGAAGAUAUAAAUUUAAGGACGCCCUCUUCAGUUGAUCGGUUUCCGUUAAACUCCUUAGUUCAUGAAAUGGCAGUGUGGUGUAUUCUUACGCUAGGUGAAAUCUUUUUGGAGGAUAGUCAGAGUUUCAAAACACAAAAAAGAAAUACUUUAAAUUAUUAAAGAUUCCGAUGUGCCAAACAAUUAAAGAGAUUUUGUGCGAUGUCCUUUAAUCCGUCUUCUAAGCGAUAAUGGCACCAAGACGAGGUGAAGAGAUAUCUGUUAAAAGAGUAGCAGCAUUAGGUUGCAAAUUACCUGAUCAAUUGCCAGCUGGGGAAAUAUUAACAGAUAUUACUCAAAACAAAUGGAAACUAGGACAUGCAAUAGGAUACGGUGGAUUUGGUGAUAUAUACUUAGCAUCAAAUGACAUUAAUGCUCCAAUUGGACAAGAUGCAAAGUAUGUGAUAAAAAUUGAACCACAUAAUAACGGUCCACUAUUUGUUGAAAUGAAUUUUUAUAUAAGAGCAGCUCGUAAACAUAUGAUUGAUACCUGGUGCAAAUCACAAGGAAAAAGACGAAUAGGUGUUCCAACAUAUGAGGGAUCUGGUUCUCACAUAUAUCGAGGGCAAAAGUAUAGAUUUUUAGUAAUUCCAAGAUAUGGCAUUGAUAUUGGAAAAUUGUUUAUAUCAAAUGGGAGAAAAUUACCAAUUAAACUUGUUAACAGGCUAGCUGUUCAAAUGUUAGAUGCACUUGAGUAUAUUCAUAGUCAAGGAUAUGCUCAUGCAGAUGUUAAAGGAUCCAAUAUUUUAUUGUCCUUAAGUGCAGAAGAUAUAACAACAAAAAAAUUUCAAGCUUAUUUGGUUGAUUAUGGAUUAGCUUAUCGUUUUCGUACAAGCGCAGGUGUACAUAAGCCAUUUGUUCAUGAUGAAAGAAGAGCUCAUGAAGGAACAUUAGAAUUCACAUCAAGAGAUGCACAUCAUGGAACACACUCAAGAAGAGGAGAUUUAGAAACAUUAGGGUACAAUAUACUACAAUGGCUGUGUGGCAAAUUACCUUGGGAAAAGGAAGAUAAUAGUGUAACAUCAGCAAUGGAUCCAGAAGAAGUCCAUGCACAAAAAGAAAUUUUACUUUCAAAUUUAUCAUUAUUUAUGCAUAAAUGUUUUCCUUAUAAAAAAGAACCACCUGCUGCCAUUAUGGAAUAUAUGAAAUAUAUUACUGAAUUGGGAUUUGAAACUAAACCUAACUAUUCCUAUCUACGUAGUUUAUUUCAGUCUGGUUCUAGGCAAAAAAAUGAUGUUCCUACAUGUUUGCACCCUUUAAGAGAAUCUAAUGAAAAUAUUUCUUAUCCCAUGUCUUUCAAACGACCGUACUUACGAGAAAGGAAACCUUGUAGACCUGUAAAUGGCGAGAUACGCAUAACUCGAAAUACACAACCUAAAUAUCCAGUUGAACGAAAAGAAUUUUGUUGGGAAGCAGUGCUAGCGCUUCAUCCUGAUAAGCUCGCAAAAAUUAGUCUACAAACUCCACCUUCACCACUUACACCACCUCCUUCUCCACCUCCUCCAUCCUUACCUACAUAUGCCAUGUUAAGCGUAAUUCAGAGAAUGAAAGAGAAACAAUCAGGCGCAUUUCGACAUAAAUCUUUACCAAAAACAUUAGAAGAUCUUAAAACAAAGUGGAUGACACCAGCUAUGGAACAAAUAGUUCAAUUAAAAAAGAAAAAUUCCUUGACAACGCUUUCUUUAGCGAAGGUUUCACCACGUGUGACACGCUCCCGAGGGGCUCAAUUAAAACGACUUGGAAAUAAAAAAUCUUACAAACAAAUACAAAGCAGCAAAAGAAAAAAAGGUCCCUCAACAUGAGUAUGACAAACUUCGCUAAAUAUUAUACGUUUUCAUUCCUUGAACAAUGGAAUCACAAACGAGUUAUCUAAAUAAUGAAUGAAUUAAGUAUUAUUUCCUAUUAAUUCAUUUAGAUUUUGUAAGAAUAUACUCUUGAUUAAACUCCUGUUUAAAGGACAAAAUUUCAUUUAUUAGGAAUGUCUCAGGUGUAUUUAGAGCACCAACUUUUUAACUAUAUCUCGAACAAAUGAUUAUAAAUAAUUCAGUGGACACUUAAAAAAAUUAUAUUGCUUCCUUUAAGAACAUAAUUUCAAUACAAUUCAAAGAAGACUUGCUAACAGGCACAAUAAUGAGAAAUCGUUACUUUUGCAUAUAAAAAGUAUGCAAUUUAAUGUCAUAAUAAACAAGUGAUCUGAAUGUUGCAUCGAAAACACAUUUCAUCAACUUUUAAGAAUUAUUUGUUUAUUUUAUAAAAUGAGUCAAUAGCAUGAUAUGCUGAAUAGAUAAUGUCAAUAUUUCAUUAAGUUGCUUGAUUAAAAUAAGGUAUAGCUUUAGUGUCUAAAUUAUAUUUCAUCUUUUUUUCUUUUUUAUUGCUAUAAUUAUUUUGUAAGUUAUAAUUGACUGUGAGUAAACUAUUUUAUUAUAUUCGGACAUUGCUAAAGUAAUCUAAUACUUUGAUUUUGUGAGCCAGUCCUAAAUGAAUUAGUCCUAAUUCUCAUAAAAAUGUAGAGGUUAAUUUAUUAGCAAAAAUUACGUAAAAGAUUUCUUCGAAGUAUCACGAUAUAUAUUCAAGCAUAGAAUCCCUAAAUAUUGUCUAUAAUAUAAACGAAGUUGUAGUAUACUUUGAAAUAAUACAAUUAAAAGUAGUGAAAUGUAGGUAAAAAUAAUACAACUGUAAACUGUUAUUAAUUCUCAGUAUUAAGCCAUUAAAUGCUUACAUAUGAUUAAAAUAUAACAGUUUAUAUUUGUUAUUAUAGUUAUACAAUAUAUCAACAGGAAUGCGUGUGUAGUAUAAAUAAUAUAACUAAUAUUUUUAUUUGGUUCUAGAUUUUAUAUAUGUACAACAUGUAACUAGAAAAUACACAGUUAUGCUUCUAAUAUGUUGCAAUAUCUCAUGUAAUAUUAUUUUAUGUCAUUUUUUAGUAGAACUUAAUCAAACUUGUAUUGAUUCAGAUCUAAUAUUUACAUAACAUUGUUACAUGAAAUACAAUUGAUACUUGUAUAUAUUUAUAUCAUAAGAGCCAUGUAUAGAUGGAACCGUCGAUUUAUUUACAGUAAAUUUGUGAUAACUAAUUUGUAUUUUUUUAAGUUACAUGUACCUGUGCCAGAAAAGCAGUGUUGUUAAAGACUUAAAAGUGUAUUGUAAUUAAAUAAAUACAUGUGCAUUUGUAAUCUUUUUUAUAAUGCUAGUAUUUCAUCAUAUUCUGAUUUAUUAUAUGUCACUAAUGUAAGAUACCUGACAUGAGCUUUUUUUAUUUUCAUGAAUAUUAUUCUAAUUUAGUUAUAGAAUAUGUGAUUAAACAUUUACUAUAUUAAGCAAACAUUACAUAUAUAUUUAUUAACAGCACUGCACAAGAUUCUUAAAGUAUUGUCAACAAGAUUAUUAUAAAAAGAAUAUAAUAAAAUUUACUUGCUAAUUUGUAUUGCAUUCUAAUCAGGACGAUUACUAAUAGUAUGAAUGAAUAAUAAAUAAAUAGCAAAAAUAAUGCAUAUAUACCAG